CCGGCUUCGCGACAGAACUGCCCGGGAGGGGGUGGAGUCAGGCCUCCCCGCCCCGCGCAGGCCCCGCCCACGACUCCGGCACCCCAUUUCCCCCCCACCCGCCGCCGCCCCUGAAGUCCGUGUCCAGAGUCCCGCACCCGGGUGGCGGAUCUUCGCCAACAUGGUAGCGCCGGGAUUUGUGUUUGGGCUGGUGCUGCCUUUAAUCCUGCCGGCCGACACGAGUGCAGAUGUCGCCUUUCGCUUCGCCUCAUACAUCAAUAACUACAUGGUGCUGCAGAAGGAGCCUGCCGGGGCAGUGAUCUGGGGCUAUGGCACAUCGGGAGCCACGGUGACAGUGACUCUGUGGCAAGGUCAGGAAACCAUCAUGAGGAAAGUGACAAGUGUGAAAGGACACUCUAACAGCUGGAUGGUGGUUCUGGAUCCUGUGAAGCCUGGGGGACCUUACGAGAUGGUGGCACAACAGACUUUUGGGAGAACGAACAGCACGCUGAGAGUUCAUGAUGUCCUGUUUGGAGAUGUCUGGCUUUGCAGUGGGCAGAGUAACAUGCAGAUGACAGUUUCACAGAUAUUCAAUGCCACAAGAGAACUGGCCAACACUGUGGCCUAUCAGUCUGUCCGCAUCUUCUCCGUGUCACUUAUUCAGGCAGAGCAGGAGCUGGAGGACCUUGCUCAGGUUGACCUGCAGUGGGCUAAGCCCUCCUCAGAGAACUUAGGCCAUGGGAUUUUCACGUACAUGUCAGCAGUGUGCUGGCUCUUCGGGCGCCACCUGUAUGAUGUCCUGCAGUACCCCAUCGGGCUGAUGUCCUCCUCGUGGGGUGGGACACCCAUCGAAGCGUGGUCUUCUGGAAGGCCACUGAGAGCCUGUGGUGUUCCAGCACGAGGGUUCACUCAGUCUGAUUCUGUGACGGGUCCCAGUAAGCACUCUGUUCUCUGGAAUGCCAUGAUCCACCCACUGCAUAACAUGACUCUGAAAGGGGUGAUAUGGUACCAGGGGGAGUCCAACGUGGAUUUUAACAGGGACCUGUACAAUUGUACAUUCCCUGCGCUCAUUGAAGACUGGCGCCAGACCUUCCACUGGGGGUCCCAGGGGCAGACAGAGCGUUUCUUCCCAUUUGGAUUUGUCCAGUUAUCUUCAUAUCUUUCUGCAACCUCGGAUGACGCAUUCCCCCAGAUCCGUUGGCAUCAAACAGCAGAUUUUGGCUAUGUCCCCAACGCAAGGAUGCCCAACACUUUCAUGGCAGUAGCAAUGGAUCUCUGUGAUAGGAAGUCACCUUUUGGCAGCAUCCACCCUCGAGACAAACAGACAGUGGCUUACAGGCUGCACUUGGGGGCCCGGGCUGUGGCUUAUGGUGAGAAGUUGAUCUUUCAAGGACCACUGCCUGAGAACAUGGAGCUCCUGGUUGACAAGGGGCUGCUCAACGUCACGUAUUCACAGGAAAUCCAGGUGCAGAGGCAGGACAAGAUAUUUGAGGUCUCAUGUUGCCGUGACCGUCAGUGCAAGUGGCUCCCAGCUCCCAUGGACGCUUUCUCAGCCCAGACGGUGGCCCUGAAUAUCCGUUCUUGCCGUGGUGCUCUGGCUGCCGUUCGCUACGCCUGGACCACGUGGCCUUGUGAAUAUAAGCAGUGCCCCCUAUACCACCCCAUCAGCACCCUGCCAGCCCCUCCCUUCAUUGCGUCCCUGACAGACCCAAGGCGGGGCAAGCACAGCGAGCUUGCUGAGUGACGUAGUGGCCUCAUGACCCUCAUCUUGGACUUGUGGGUCCUUGAGAUUUGGGCAUUUAGGUGUUGAAGUGAUGACAACUAAUGCUUUUAAAGGCAACUAAUAGCAAAGCCGCCUGGCCAGCUCCCAGCCAGCACAUGGUUGUUUCUAGAUUCUGAAUAGGAGACAAGCCAGUGCUGGCAGGCAAAGGAGAUGCUUGCCUUUUGUCCCCUAGACAGCCUGUGUCUUACUGGACUAAUUCCCAGCUACAAACAAAUGCAGCCUGUGUCAUUCACUUGCCUUGUGGAGAGCGUGCGGUGUCACACUUUUGUGACCUUAUGUCCAGCGUUGGGUGGAAAUACACGGCUGGAAGAGAUUUCAAGGCUCAUUAUUUAUGUGUUCUUUACAGGAUCUGGCUAGUGGUUACUGAGUCUCUGUACAAAGUUUCUAAACUUCCCAACAGUUUUUCCUUAUGUAGAACUGAACUCUUUCUAGCCCUAUUUGUGUUCUCAAAGCCAAAAACAGUUUUGUUCCUUCAGUCUAAAUAAUGAUAAUGUGACUGUCUGAAACCAACCAGCCCCGUGUGCAGGCAUGUGGGAUGGCGCGGAGGGGCUGCCUGAGGGAGGAGGAGAUGGGGGCGUUGGUAGCGGCCCAGGAACGUAUGUGGGCAGCCAGGGACGGGUGGGGGAGUCACAGGCUCAGGACUUGACAACAGAGGUUCCUGAGAAGCAAGCAGGUUCAGUAUAAUCUCAGGCUUUUUAAGGUAAGAGGUUUACCUAUAAAAAGGAUAACCCAGAUGGAAGAAAAAAGAGGCUGAAAAUAAAGCUCCAUGAUAAGCAUGUAGAAAAAUAAUCCAGAUGGGACAAAUGUGAAAGCGUGCUCUGUGUGGACUGUUAAGAAUUGUAAUGCUAUUUAUUGGUUGAUUAAAAACAGCUAACAGCAACUUGAUAA